UGACAAAUGUCAAUGUCCCUUCGUCAUUAAAAUUAAACAUCAAACACAUGAUUAUUUUGGCGAACGAUGAAUCUGGACAAAAUAAAAAAUAUGUAAAAAAUAAAAACUGAACAGAACUAGCAGAGAUUCUUUUCCAAAAUUUGGUUUGAUUUAUUUUUAAUAGUGAUAUGAACAGAUUAGAAUAGGCCAUUAGUGAGAACGCUAGUUUGAUACAAAAACCAUUAAUAUGGAAUUCGUAAGUGAAGAUAACCCAAUUAUGCAAUGACGUCGUUAUAAUAAAUGAAUAUAGUAAAGUGUAGCGUAAGAACUUCCAUAAUUCUUACAGUGAUACCUUGCCCAAAAGGCAUGUGUAAAGCUAGGGUGAAACAUUCAAGAUCAUUUACUCAAUUUGACAAAAAAUCAUCAAUACGUAUGGACGACAAACAGGAAACUAACAUACAAAAUUUUGAAACAGACCCUCCUACAGUGGACGUCCUUCGCGGUGGUGAUAGUGACAAUCAUAACCUACAAAAUGUCUAUGCGGGAACUCCAAUCCAACAGGAAAGUAUAGCCAUCUAUCAUCAUCCUUGGUUGUUCAAUCAGUACCCUUGCAGAGCUGCUGUGGAACACUAUUCAUAUAAUUGGCAUAGUCUCUACAGUUCUUGGUUGCACCAUCUAGCAAAUCCAGUACUGUCUCCAGUUAGCAGCUUCUGUGUUCCUCAAAAUUCACUUAGACGAUAUUUUCACAGACCCCAUGAUGAAGUUAUGCGAGUCCCCAUCCCAGGUAUUGAAGAUACAGCAAUAAUGUCUCUGAGAAGAUGGGAAAAGCUGGUAGAGAAGCCAGAUAAGAAACCAGGGUUUAUUUUCACCCUAAUGUCUUACAAUGUCCUGGCACAAGACCUGCUUCAGUGGCAUCCUCAUCUGUAUAAACAUCACAACCCUAAAUACUUGACGUGGGAAAAGAGGUGGAGGAAUCUUAUGACAGAAAUACAGGAGAUUGAUCCAGAUGUGGGUUUUCCUGACAGCUGUGAUAAUCAGAGCAGUAUACAUGUUUUAUUUGCAGAUAAUAUGCCUACAGGAGGUACAGGAGUCGCAUUUGAAGACCUAUUACUCUUUAUUGGAGUCUUUUGGUUACCAAGGAGUGUACAAAAGACGGACUGGUCAGAGGACUGAUGGCUGUGCAAUAUACUUUAAAACCGAGAACGUGACACUUUUAGAACAUGUAACUGUAGAAUUUUAUCAGAAAAACGUGCCUUUAUUGAACAGGGAUAAUGUGGGCAUUGUGGCUAAGUUUGCGCCAAAGCUGCAUCCUACCAGACAAUUUGUGGUGGCCACUACACAUUUGCUGUAUAAUCCUAGAAGGAGGGACGUGAGAUUGGCUCAGAUGCAGCUACUCCUUAGUGAAGUAGAGAGAAUAAGUUUCAGGAAAGAUGCCAAAGAUGUUGAAUCUACAUACUUGCCAAUAUUUAUAACUGGCGAUUUCAAUACCCCGCCAAAAUCAGACCUUUACAAUUUUAUGGUUGAAGGCAAGCUUAGGUAUGACAAUAUGCCUCCAGGCUUAAUUAAUAAUGAAUCAAAAGUUUUAGUGACCAGCAGUUUGGGAAUUACUGAUACUUGUCAACAUGCAGAUCUGCUCAGCAGUAGGCAAAAUAACAAAGACUUCUUUAAUUCCGAGGUGGACGUUAAGAAAGAUCCUGUAGAUCAUUUUAAAAAUGUAAAAUUAUUCAAAACUGGAAAGCUAUCUCAUCAUUUUUCGCUUAAGUCAGUGUAUGACCAUGGAGGUCCACAACUCAAUGAAGCGACUACACAUCAAGACGAAUGGAUAACAGUAGAUUAUAUAUUUUACAGCACCAAAGGAAAAUAUACAGAUGAUAGACUGCAAUUACUCACCAGAUGUAGGUUACCUACUAAAGAAGAGUUAGGCAACAUAACGAUUCCAAACCAAACUCUAGGUUCUGAUCAUUUAUCGCUUGCCGCAAAGUUCAAAUUGCUCUUUUGACUAGAACAUUGUAAACUGUGAAUAACCUUGUUUUUUCAUCAAAGAUAUAUUUUGUGAAUAAAUUUUCCUGAAAUCUG